AUGGAUCCAAUUUCUAUAACAGGGUUGAUCAUAGAAGUCAGCAACGUGCUGUCCAGUGUGAUCAAUUAUGCCAAGGCCGUUCAAGGCGCCAAAUCCGACAUGCGAAAGUUAAGUGAGGAGCUAUUUGCACUCAAGGGCAUUCUGGAGCAUAUUUCCAAUGGCAUAGGCGACAAUACGCCUAAAUCCGAAAGGGAUUCCGAGUCCGACUCGGAGCCAUCGGGCGUAUUCGACCGAGAUGUAAUGGCAAGAGUGCUAUUCACGGCGAACGAAUUCCUCCAAACUCUCCUUCAAGAGCUAGAAGAGCCCGCGACGAAAUUCAAAAAGUUGAAGCAGAAGCUGGAAUGGCCAUUCACUCAAGAUCAAGUCAAUGCUCAUCUUGUUCGACUCGAAAGGGUCAAAUCAUGGUUGAUCUUGGUUAUCACAGCGGACACGGCUGCGGCGGAGAAAGAUCUACAUCAGGAGAUUACUAGCCUGACGAGAAAUCUGAAAGAAGACCUGCGCAUCCGAGAGCAGGAAAGAGUCCAACGGGACAAUGAGGCGCUGUUCAAGUGGAUCGCACCGGUCAGUCCUGCCGAUUCUCACAUUCGAGCAUCGAAUGGACGACGCAUUGGAACAGGGCGAUGGUUCACCAAGUCGCAUUUAAAAUUAUGGCUACGCGAUCCAUCGGAUAAUAAAAGGAUUCUCUUCAUUGUGGGUAAAUCUGGAACUGGAAAGACGACGCUUUUUGCUCAAACCGUUGAUGAGCUCACUGUUAUGGCUUCCCACGAUCCACGCUUAUGCUUUGCCUAUUUCUACUGCACAAUUAGCAAUACAGCCUCUCAGGUUGCUGCCAACAUCUUAGGCUCCUUGGUGGCACAACUUGCAAGAUCAAACCCGGCUAUAUUGGACAAUAUUCGAUCGCUUUACGAUAAAAUCCCCAAGACUCAAACGCACAAACUGCCUAUUGAUACCUCGGCCCUCGAAGAUGCUAUCAUCAAACACUCUACUGCAAAGUCCCAAAUUGUUAUUCUCGUCGACGCUCUGAAUGAAAGCUCCGAAACGCAAAAUAUCGAGGGCUCUUUAUUGAAACUGGCGAGCCUGUCGCCAAAUAUCCGCAUCCUUGUUACAACAACAUCCACGAGAGCUUCCUCUAAAGAAGCAACCUUUUUGAACGUCAAUACUGGCGCUAUGCGAGAGGAUAUAAAGACCUUUAUUCGGUAUCGCUUAGAGCACGAUAACACCCUCCGGAACUUGACGACAAAUCUGCAGGGUGAGAUUGCAGAGACCCUGCUUAAGAAUGCAGAUGGAUCCUUCCGAUGGGUCCAACUUUCAUUAGACAAUCUUUGCGCCCAGCGAACCGCGAGGGCAAUGCGAGCAUCCCUGUCCAAUCUUCCGGGAACCCUCAGGGAAAUGUACGCAAACACACUGGAACACGUCGCCCCAGAAGAUCAACCAUUCGUUUACGAGGCUCUCUUCUGGGUUAGCUUUGCAAAACAGCCCUUAACGCUGAGGAGUCUGAACGAAAUCGUGGUUCUCGACGAGACUUGUACGGUCUUAGAUGAUGACAUGAUGCUUGUUCCUCGGGACAUUCUGCUCCAACUCUGCCAAGGGCUCAUCUCCGUGGACCAGGCUGGACACGUCAAUCUCGCACAUUCAUCCGUCAAAGACUUUUUAACUUCCGAUUGGAUUCAGACUUCUCGAGUCAGCCAUUUCGCUUUGGACACUAGCACCGCCGACACGACGAUCAUGCGUAAGUGUCUGACAUAUCUGUGUCUCGAAAAUUUCAAAGAUGGGUAUGGCGAGUUCAGGAAACGCACCAGAAUCCGGGCAUUCCUAUACUACGCAGCGUACUUCUGGCCCACUCACGGCUCUUAUGGUGAAUUUGGGGAAUCUGAGCGACAAUUGGUCAAUCGGUUCUUUGCUACAAGGAAGUUUCCGCGUCGAGGAAACUACGGCGUCUGGAUGGAAGCGCUGAUACCGGGCGUGAAUCCUUCCAUCAUUGAAAAUACGGAACCGCUUUACUAUGCCGCCUCGUUUGGCAUGACCUCCGUUGUUAAGGCUAUCCUAGUAUCUGAUCCUGGGUUAGACAUCAAUGCUCCGGGCGGACGUGUUGGAGCUACACCUUUGUUUGCUGCGUGCUGGCGCCAUAACUAUGAUGUGGCUGAGACUCUUCUCAAGGCUGGUGCUGACCCGAAGAUUGCUGAUCCCGGCACGGGUGUUAGUGUACUUGGGUUAGCCAGGAUGAGUAAUUUCUUGCCCGUUCGAGACCUUCUGCUUCGUUGCAAUGUGGAGUUGAGCUCUUAA